AUGAAUAGUGCGGGAACUCAUACCGUCCUUCGUCUGACCGACCGUAACUCGUGGAACAGCCUGACCGAAUUCCGAGAGCGCCGACCAUGUGCCGGAAAGGGUGAAGUCCUCAUCAAGGUCCGAAGUGUGGCCUUGAACCACCGAGACCUUGCUAUUGCCACCGGAACGUACGCACAUCGGGUGAGGGACCGAGUCAUCCCCGGCUCUGAUGCCGCUGGAGACAUCGUCAUGGUUGGCAAAGAUGUCCGCGGAUUCGCUAUAAGUGACAAGGUGGUCAUCGCCUAUGACCAGAAGACACGCACUGGACCGAUCAAGUCUUGGAAUUGGGGCCUAGGCGGCCCAAUCGAUGGCGUGAUGAGAGAGUAUAUCUCUGUUUCUGAGCAUGCUGUUGCUAAAAUCCCCAAAGACUCUCCUCUUUCCUAUGCGCGGUGGGCUGGUACCGCCAGCUUUGGUGUCAUAGCCUGGAAUGCUUUGUACGGCGAUGUGCCAAUCAAAAGUGGCCAGACGGUUUUGUUUCUUGGUACCGGUGGCCUGUGUCUUUGGGGCCUCAUGCUAGCCAAAGCUGCUGGAGCGAUUACAAUCAUCACCUCCUUUGAUCCGGACCAAUUGAGAUACGUCAAAAAUGAGUUCGGACCGACGCACGCGAUUUUCUGCAAUGAGAAGAGAGACUGGGCGGUACAGGCACAGAGGCUCACCUCAGGCCGGGGUGUGGAUCACGUAUUUGACAUUGGCGGUGCUGUGACUAUCGAGAAGUCAAUCGAAGCUGUUGCCUUUGGCGGUACGAUCUCUCUCUUUGAUUGCGUGGGCCCAAAACUGGAAGGCAACAUGCCCGAUGUUGUGCAACUUGCUCUGAGGAAGGGUGUGAAGAUGCGCGCUGUUCUGCAUGGCUCGAAACAGCACUUGGAUGAAGUGAUUGCAUUCAUCGCAGCGCACGAGCUUCGGAUGCCCAUUGAGAAGAUCUUCCACUUUGACCGUGAUCAGGUCGUGGCGGCGUACAAGUACCUCGCCGGUGGUCAACCCAUCGGAAAGGUUUGUGUUGUUUUUGGGUGGUCUGGAUCAGUGUCUUGUUAG